GCCGCGGCCAGUACGACUCCUUGUUGCACGGACGGAGAAAUGACUGUUCACUUGGAUGAAGACGAGCCAGAGUUCCUUCCGUCAAUCACCGGCGUGGAGAUUAUUCACUUUAGUAAGGCACCAUUAAGGCCUUUGUCCAGGUGUAAUCGUGGAGUCAUUGUCAAGGCGACGUUUGAAAAAAGUUCCUGCGGUGGAUGUAGCAGUCCUCCAGAAUGUGGACGGAAGAUGUUACAGGUGGACUUUGACCUAGAUCAGAAGCGAGGCGAAUAUAUCUUUAAUGUUGGCGAUAGCAUAUCCAACAACGGAUGGGCUGGCGACGCUAGCCAUCAACAAAAUGACGCUGAAGUCCAGGGAUGGAACAACUUCAUACGACUGUACAAAAGCGACAAAUGUUUGGGUAGUCAGAACUACGUUCACUCCUUCACGGGUCAGCUGACCGAUUCUGUUAGUCACGUGACAUUGCUCGUGAGUAACGAGUUCAUCCGAAUCAUCACGGACCAGGGUAUGGACGAACAGGUUUGCAAUGAAUGUCUGUUUGCCCUCAAUGGUCAAACGGAUAGCCAAUCAGGAGGGGUCAAUGAAGAUGUGUAUGUGUCUCUAAAUAGAGUCGUCCAGUGGUACUCGUGGAGAGACGGGUAUGGCGUUUGUAGCGCCACCUUUCGCUGGGUCUGUCCGGAUAGCUUCCCUUUUUGAGAAGUGGCUGAUGGUUGACGCUUUAUUAGUUUAACAUGUCCUUGUAUCUUCUUUCCUUGGUGUUCAUAGAAUUCGUUGUUCUCCUUCGUAUCAAAACGUACUUCAGUAAUUAUGGAUGUGUAAAUAAGUCCUUCUGAAAGACAUUUUCGAUUGCUUGCUUUAUCAUUUGACCUUUUCUAAUUGUAUUUCCAUGCAAGUUCAUGAUCGAUAUUUAACCAGCAUUCGCUAUUAGUGCUUAUUGGUAAAACGUAUUAAUCUUGUUUGUCCGUCUGUUCGUCUGUCCGCCUUUGUAUCCAAUGUGAUGUACUGAUAUACUGUCAUAGAAUUGACACGAUUUGUGUGUAAACAUAUUUUCCAAUAAAUAU